AUGUCAUAUUGCCAUAAAAAUACAAACAAGCCUGAUGCAGACCCAGGGCACGACAGAGUGCCCUUCUUUGUGAUAAAUCUGGCUGUCAGCAACGCUGCUUCUUUGCUAGACAGCACGCUGUCUUUCCACGUCCCAUUUUCGAGCAGCCGCGCAAGCCCGGCGCUCAAGGCCAGGCCGUACCGACCGCGGCCCAGCCUCCCGCGGACACGGCCGGAGAAGCCGGAUCGCACCCCGGGGAGACCGCCCCGCCCCGCCCCCCCUCCCCUCAGCGAGGCUCCCCCAGCCCUCAGGGCACAGCCGGAGGGGGGGGUUACACCGAGGACUGACGGUAAACGCGGGCACCGAGUCAACCCCCCCCCGACGGCCUUUGCAGCCCCCCGGGCCCAGCCCCCUCAGGCCUCGCCCGAGCAGCGCCGGGCACGGCACGUGCCCAGCCCGCCGGCGGGAAAGAAGGGAGGGAGGUGCCGCUUCCCGCCCCUGCGCGGGCAGCGCUGCCGGCCGCGGAGCGGGGCGGGGCCCAAGCCCAGCCCAGCCCGCCCCCCAACCGUCCGCCCCCGCCGGCCUCAGCGCCGGCCUCAGGCCCGGCCUCGCCGCCGGCCGCGGCCGCCACCGAAGGCGCGAAAAGGAGGGCGCAUGCGCCUGCCGCGGCGCGCGGGGCCCGCUGGCGCCGGCGAGCCACCCUGCUGCGCACGGGCGGGAGGAAGGGGAGAGUGGGUAGUUACGUGAUGACGCGCUGCGUGUCGCCCGUCGCGCGACCCACGCAGAGUCCGUCGGGCUUGUGCCUCCUCCUGGGCCAGUGCGCUCGGGGCUGUUCCGAGUGGGGGCGGGCGGGGCGGAGGCUUCCUCCCUCCUCCUCCUCCUCCUCCUCCUCCUCCUUCUCCUUUCCCUUUCCCUCCUCCUCCUCCUCCCUCUCCCUCCUCC